GCCCGUCGACAACCGUCAUACUCCCAAGUGUACGGAAUAUUACGUACAAGCACACACCGACGGGGGAGGCCCCGUUUUCCCGUCACGUACACAUAAUAUUAUUGUUGUAUACAAUCGCGUACUUGGCCGACGGUUCUCCACACUGGCUGCAGAGGUCGACCAAAGCCACCGAGUAUAGUGCUCGCCGAAGGAGGUCACCAACCAAGCCAUACCAAAACGAGAAAAUGGACGGAGAACGAGGGAGGAAGAAGGAAGAAGGGCCCCGGGUAUUUUUAGCGUAGCGCGUCUCCUCUUCCUUCUCCUCCUCCUCCUUCCUCUUGUUGACUGGCGAAAACCGGUUCCCCGUUGACCAAAAUCCCCCCCCCCCACUUCUUCUCUUCCUGGUUUUAUCCAGCGCACAUUACGCCAUCGACGGGACGUACCGUUCGCGGAGCCAAAGAGGAGUAUGGGACGAAAAACGUGGGACUCCUCCUCCCGCCGGGAGACGUAGAGGACCAAGGGGACCGGAGAAAUUCCUGUGCGGGCGCGCGUGACCGUCCGGAUUGACGGUAUACGACACACGAUCGAAGGGAAAUAUCCGCAACGAGUGCCGGUCCAAGAAUCCGCAGUGCCGGUGAUAAAAAAAAAAAAAAAAAAAAGUGCCGUGGAAAAAAUGCGGGACACCGGAGUGGCCCGGCGCGCAGUGAGGUGGUGAUACUUGAUCGAGGGAGUAAGUAAUUAAAUGCCGAGUGGUGCGACAGUGAAUCGAGUGUUGGGCGCGUAGCGGAGAGGAAAAAGGAAAAAAUAAAGGGAGUUUGGUGGGGUGUAUGAGCUGGUCGGGAUGGCCGAGGCCGGCCGUCCGCAGAGCGUGCGGGGAGUCGUGAGCUUCGCGGACGCGGACCCGAGGCGGAACGAGAGGCGCUCGCUCGCGGCCCGAGCGUCCGUGUACGCGCUGAUCCUCGGUGGGCUCGCCUGCGUGCUCCAGACCGCGGCGGCCGGCACCCCCACUUGGGCCUACUUUCACAAUCCCGACGCGAGCACAACCGCAGAGAGAGGAUACUUCGGGCCUUGGAGGCAGUGCAAAUUACUACUCUACGGCCGAGAACGCUGUGGUCAAGGCAUAACGAGGUUCAAACCGAUAUGGACCGUCCGAGUGGCGGGUUUCGCCUCGGCAGGUGCGGCCGUACUGAUGUUCUUCGUCGUCGGACUGGCCAUUCUGCAGUUGGCCAUGGCGUCAUCGGCGAAACGAGUCGUCAUGUCCUACAGCACCGCCAUCACCGGCAAAGUCGCCCUUGCCACUUUGGCUACUUGUCUGGCCGUUGUCGCGGCGGUUCUCUUUGCGAUGCAAACGGACGACCGAGAUAACAGUUUCGUCAUUACGAGAGGCGAGGGCUUCUGGAUGCAAGUGAUGUCGAUCGUCGUGAACUUUGGCGUUUUCAUCUCGGCCGUCUACGAGGGAAUAUACGCAAGGCGAGGCGGUGACCCGACCAAACUCAGGAGCUACUCGGACAACAGGGGCGCGACCAUCAACAAUCCCGGCUACCGGGAGUCUCGCAACGGUAACAGCAUCUCGAUGACAGACGCCAGUGGCAAGCCGUACGCCUCGGGCACGUCGGGCAAUGGCUCCAUGGCAAGCGUCGCAACGUCAGGGAGCGCCGUGAGCACCGCCUCACCCCUACGCAGCUCACUGAAGAAACCCAAGCCCCUGGGCAUCCAGAACCCAGGCUUUGCGACAAACAGUCCCACGCUCCAGAGAAACGGAUCGCAGAAAAAAGUACGCAUACAGACCCACUCCACGGAAGUAUGACGCUAUGAGGACCGUCGGCGUCGUCAUCGUCGUCGUCGCAGUUACAGUGACAGCACGGGUGAUAAAGAUGAAUCAUAAUUUUGUUUUUUUGUUUUUUUUUUUUUUCUCUGAGUGGUGUGUAUGCAUUGUUGGACUUGCUAUUGCGUGAUGACGCGUGUGUCGAAUAUAUAUAUUUUUGUAUGGUGUGCGGGGUUGAUCAAAUUACGGGAAGGUUUGACGAGGUGGGUCAAAGGUAUCGAUGUUGCAACGUAGGUGUAUUAUUUCGAAUGAGUCGCGUGGUGCGUCGAGCCUCUUGGUCGAGCAUGGAAAUAAAUAUAAUAAAUUAAAUGUCUUUCCAAUCGAUAUUACGAUUAAGCUGUAAGCCCACCUGUUAUCGAUCGAAGGGGAGUUUGGGGGGGCGUUAAAAAUUUAUCAUCCGACGCUUCGAUUCGUGUGCACAUGUAUACGAGAAUGCUAAUAUGUAUUAUGUAUACGUGACCGUGCCUUAGCUCGAACUUUUAUGCGUAAAGUAUUUAUACCGUCCGUUACGUACUCUAAUGCACGCGAGUUUACUUUAUCCGUUUAAAUACAUCGAACACUUUUUUGAGCGAAAUUGCUUGUUGUUAAUUUUAUAGUUGAAACACUUUUGUUGUUGAGUCUUGAUGUGUAUUUUAGCAAGUGAUUCGAAAAGUAUAAGUAUUAUGAAUCUCGAAUUUAAACGAAUUCUCGCUGAAAAGUAAUGUGUUUGGUAAUAAUAUAUUUAUAAUCGAAAAAAAAAAAUGUGUAGUACAUCAAAAAUACCGUUUUUGUAGCAGCGUUGCUUGAUUUGAAAACACAUUUUUUGUAUUUUAGCUUCACAUAAAAAAAAAUUUUUAAUUUGUCUUGAGCCGUAAUGUUUGUAUCGAGAAACAAACGAAACUCUUUAUAGUGCGUGAACCAUUGCCUUUCGAAAGAUUAAUACUAAAAGCCUUGCGAGCGAUGUGUCUUUUCGAAAACAAAAAAUCUUUUCUAUAAUUAUUCGAAGGAUCACAUUAUCAGCGUGUAAAUAUGCCAUGUCUCGAAACAUCUUUAUAGAUCCAUAAAACAUAAACGUAAUAUUUUACAUAUCAUCUUCGUAUUAAUGGCAGCACAAAUAUUUAUUAGUAUCAUGAAAAAUGAUAAUACUUAUAAACGGAAACGUUUCCGUCCAGCCCAUCUAAGGCAGCUACUUUUCUUAAAAACCACAACCACAGAGAAAUAUAUGUGUAUUAUUAUUUGUACAUUAAGAAAUUUAUCUUGCAUAUUUAAUAUUUUAAAAAGCAGAAAAACCUAUAUUGAUAUUUUUAGUCAUUUCAUGAAGAGUUGAGGUUUACAUAUUUUAUUAGACGCACGCACAAGUGGCAUUUAGGUACAAACUUACAUGUAAUUAUUUAAACGAUGUAUACGAGCUGUCAAAUGUCCAUUAUAUGACAGUUCGGCCCUUAUACGAUCCCGUCCAAAUAGUUAUUUUUUAGUUCGUAAUAAUUAAUUUAUGUAUAUUUUAAGCGAUGAUCAUUAAUAUUUUAUUAUUAAUUUUAUUCUUUAUUGUUGUAUUAUCUGAUUGAAAUUCGCGUAACGAAAAGUGAAAUUUGCGAUAGAAACCAAAUCGACGAAAAAAACGAGAAAAUUUUUUAGAGCCGGCCUCGAAAAGAGUUAUUGUAAUUUGUAUUAUUUAAAAAUCGUAUUCUUGAAAGAUGAUUCCUCUUUUUAUAAUUCGUAGACGAUGAUUAUUCACUACUUUUAAGAAUAACUUUCACAAUCGUCCGUCCAGCUAUUACAUUCCAAAAGACUUUGCUUCUUAGUAUUUUUUGAUAAAGCUUUUUUUAGCUUUCUAAUAUUAAAUUUUUUUCCUAUCUUUGUAUUUUUUCUCCAAUUACUUUAUAGUUUACAGUGACCAAGAAAAUUUUCAAGAAUAGUAUUACGUUUUAAUGCCUUGCAGUGACAAAUGUCAAAGUGCGUGAGAGUGAGAUAUUAAAAUAGUGAGAGUGACUUUAUAAAAUCCUGUAAAUACACAUUUUUUCUAAUACAAAUUGAUUUAUAGUCUAUAUAUAUAUAGAUUUUACGAGAAUUGUAAGUUAUCAAAUUGUUUUCUAAAAACGUUGUAGUGACUUUUGCAUGACGCUGAAGUCAAA